AUGUCUUGUUCGAGGACUUCAUCCACGUCGUCGGCGUCGUUGCACUCCGAGUCGUCUUCUCAUCCUCCUCCUCGCCACGUCUCGUCAGUCUGUUACCCCAAGGGCAAGUGGUACGACUGCCUCCGCCCGACCACCACCCCUUACCAAGGGUUCGGCAGCAUGGCAAACUUUGCCGGUGCGACGGGGAAAGAGAACCAGAUCGACGUAGGGGAGAGUUGGACGCGCGAUGUACACGGCAAGAUGAGGUAG